UUAAUACCUAGUUUAUGUGGACACAUGCGAUUAUUUCCGUGGCUACAUAUACAUUAUUUCAACAUGUUUGAGUAGGAGUAGUUGGAGCCACGCGAAUGAAGGUUAAAAUAAGCCACAGCAGCUAAGCGGAAGUUGUGGAACUCGAGUUUAGAGAGUACGAGUAGAGAUGAGCGUUCCUCUUGGCUCCAUGCGCAUCCGCAGUUUGUUAUCCUUCAUACAAUCGGUGAACCAGCAGAGGGGCUUGUGCAACGUGCCCAUGCGUCUGGUGCAGUUCCAUCGCUACGGUGAUGGAGGUGUCAGAGUGGGAGUAGAGCAGGGUGAAGGCCUCGGCGUGGUGGACCUGAAGGCGUUUGAGCCCUCCAUGCCUUCCACGAUGAAAGGGCUUCUGGAGCUGGGAGAUGAGGGUCUGGAGUGCGCACAGAGGGCAUUGUCAUCUGGCCAGUGCAUGCUCAAGCGCUCGGACGUGAGGCUGUUGUCUCCCAUUUUAGCUCCGGAGAAGGUGGUCUGUGUGGGUCUGAACUAUCGUGACCACUGCCUGGAACAGAAAGCACCGAUCCCUAAAGAGCCCAUCAUCUUCAGCAAGUUCUCCAACGCCAUCACAGGGCCGUACGAUGACAUCAUUCUGCCUUCCGAGAGCCAGGAGGUGGACUGGGAAGCGGAGCUGGCUUUUGUGAUUGGACGCAGAGGAAAGCACAUCAAGGAGGAAGAAGCCCUCUCUUAUGUGGCAGGCUUCACAGUGGCCAAUGACGUCAGCGCGCGCGACUGGCAGAUGAAACGCAACGGAAAGCAGUGGCUGCUGGGAAAGACGUUUGAAAGCUUUUGUCCCCUCGGCCCCGCAUUAGUGACCACGGAUGCUGUGAGAGAUCCGCACAAGUUGGGAAUUCGCUGCCUUGUCAAUGGAGAUGCAGUCCAGAGCAGCAAUACCGAUCAGAUGAUCUUCAAGACCGAGGCGCUGAUCUCCUGGGUUUCAAAAUUUGUGACAUUAACUCCUGGAGACGUGUUCCUGACAGGCACACCUCCUGGCGUUGGGUUGUUCAGAAAGCCGCCAGUCUUUCUCAAGAAAGGAGAUGUGGUGGAGUGUCAAAUAGACCAGCUGGGCUCUAUCAUCAACAAAGUGGUUUGAACUGGGAGACAUUCUGGCAAAAUCAUCAUCAGCUGCUG